AUGGCUUAGGUGCCCUUGGAGUCGAAUCCAGAGGUUAUGACGAAGUUCCUUCACAAGCUGGGCGUUCCAAAGAAAUGGUCGGUCUUAGAUGUGUACGGUUUAGAGUCGGACUUGCUGGCAAUCGUCCCUAGGCCCGUUCUUGCCGUUAUUUUGCUUUAUCCUUUUUCGAAGAUUGACAAGGCUGAAGAGGAUAAAGCAGAAGUUAAGGAUAGCAAGAAUGAUGGUCCAGAUUCUGUAUACCAUUUGAAGCAAAAUAUCUCAAACGCAUGUGGGACAAUUGCGUUACUUCACAGCGUAGCGAAUAAUUUGGACGUCAUACAAUUGGAGGAUGGCUUUCUCAAGAAGUUCUUAGAUGAAACCAAAGGACUCUCAUACGCUGAACGUGGAGAGCGUUUAGAAAAAUCGCAGGAAAUUAUUAAUACUCACAUGGAAUCUGCCCAGGAAGGACAGACUGAGGCACCAGCUGAGGAUAUGGAGGUGUACCACCACUUUGUCGCGUUUGUACAUAAGGACGGUUCCUUGUACGAGCUAGACGGUCGAAAGCCUGCUCCUAUCAAUCAUGGCUCAACUACACCGGAGGCACUUCUGGACGAUGCUGCCCGCGUGUGCAAGGAAUAUAUGGAACGCCCAAAGUUAAGAAACCACCAUUCUAAUAUGGAAUAUAAUCUGUCUGAAGCAGCACAAUCGAUUAUCGAAAACAGUAAGCUGAACGACAGAACUCUGAGCGGUAAGUUGUACGAGAUGGAAAAGCCUUUGUCGCAAUUUGACGCUACGAGCGUAACCACAAUCAGAUACAUGUUUUCAGAUACAUGACUGUGCUUAUUACGAUCAUCGUAGCGUUAUAGGGCAUCAGCUGACAGGGCAGAAGCUCGAGCAGAUGGAAAGGUCGUUAGUCGAGAAAGUUUUCGAGGCAGAUUUGACUGAAGUGAAUAACGAACUGGAA